GUAUCAAACUGGUUUGGCAACAAACGAAUUCGUUACAAGAAAAAUAUCGCUAAAGCUCAAGAAGAGGCAAACAUGUACGCUGCAAAGAAAGCAGCCGCACAUGGAAUUGGAGUUCCAGGUCUUCCUACAGCGAACUACGGCAUGUUAGCUGGUUCAUCGUCAAUGCUUAAUCCCUAUCAGGGCAUGCUACCUGGUCAAGAUCUCAGCCAUAUGGGUAUGCCACCAGGAUUUGAUCUGUCCGCAUAUAACCCUCAGUUGAUGGCGCAAUAUCAAGCAAAUCUGGAUAGUGACAAGUAG